AGAAAAACAAAUAUGGCGGCCUCCGGAGUGGAUGAAGUAGCUAACGGAAUAAUUCCUUCAGCUCAGACUCCCAACACCACCACCUCUAAUCAAAAUCAAGUGGAACAAAAGACAGCUGGUGUACCACUCAGUGAUUUGGUUUUACAAUUAGAAGAUUUCCCUCCCACGAUUCCUGAUUCUGUAACAGCUUAUUAUUUGAAUAAAUCUGGUUUUGAUUCAUCAGAUCCAAGAGUAAUCAGACUGGUUUCUUUAGCAGCUCAAAAGUUUAUAUCUGACAUUGCAAAUGAUGCUUUACAGCAUUGUAAAAUGAAAGCUUCAGGUCAAAGUUCAAAGAAACAAGGAAAGGAUAAGAAGAUAACAUUAACAAUGGAUGAUCUUACCCCAGCUCUUGCUGAAUAUGGUAUUAAUGUUAAAAAACCCAGUUAUUUUCUUUGAAGAAACAAACAAUUUUUUAUUUCUAGAAGAAAGCAUUUAGAAAUGUAUAAAGAUUGAUUCUAUCUUAUAUUGUUCAUAUAUAACACUUGUAGCUGAUAGUCCUUGAUUGCAGAUCAACUGAAAGUUUGGAAAUACCUGCUUUAUUUUGAUUUGUCAGAGUUCAUAUUACAUUAAGUUCAUGUGUCAUGCAAACACAUAGUCCCAUGAGAUUUAGUGACGUCAUAAAUUCUAACUAAUUGGUAUGGACUAUUGACAUGCAACAAAGUUGUAUUACUUUUGAACAGAUAAAAAAAAGUUCUUCCUAAUCAGGAUUAUCUGAAAUAUUGAAUCAGUAUUUAUUAGGAAAGCAUCUACAAGUAUUAUUUGUAAACAAACAUAUGCUUUUGGUUUCUUAUGAGUUUUGAAUUCCUAGUACCACCACCUUGUAUAUUUUACAUGUUUUAUCAUGGUUUUGUCAUCAUUAUCAUUUUGUAAAUAAUUCAUUUGUGAACUUGUUCUAUUAAAGAAGUAUGAAUCUGGCUC